AGACCCUCAAAACCGGUAAUGAUCAGGAAGGAUCUAAGACCAUGUGCCCCUUCCAAACAUCACUAGGCCCCCAAGUUACCAUUCCAAUGCAUUCAUUUCGGCUCCACUCAUCCCCUGAUAACCACCACUAGAAUAUUUCUCAACUAGAGCCUGCAGAAGCUGACCUCGUACUCACCUCUCAAUCACUAUGGUGGUAGCCAAAGAGCGCUCACACGCUCUUUUCAUAUUGCUCCUCACGGUUCUCACGUCCUGGACAUACUUUGCACAGGCAGCUUCUAGCUAUCAACACACCACUACCUUCCCCAGUGAAAAUGGUUCCCAGAGCAUACGAGUGGAUCUCAUCCACAGAGAUCACCCGUUGUCGCCCAUCGCCCCUGCCGAGGGCACCACGCUCAGCGAGCGGUUACAGGCGGCUGCCAAGCGCUACCAGAAACGAAGAACGCUCCUUACGUCCCGAGGUCGCCGACUGGGAGCUUUCACGACGCCGAUAACAGCAGAGAGCUUCGAGUAUGUCAUCCCGCUCUUCUUCGGCACACCACUGCAGCCUUUCACCGGCAUGGUGGACACCGGCAGCGACUUGGUGUGGAUCCAGUGCUUGCCUUGCAUCAAUUGCUACACCACCCACCCUCACCCCGAGUUCGACCCUACGACCUCCAGCUCCGAGGCUUAUGUGCCCUGCACCGAUCCCGCUCUCUGCACAGCAAGCAAUAUCGGUGUGAACCCAACGUGCGAGGCGAACUCGAACCACUGCCGCACCACGUACCUUUACCUGGGGGGGGGGGGGGGGGGGAGCCAGACACGGGGUCUUUCCCGUCCGUCGACGGCAUCGUGGGGUUCGCUUCCAUCGCAGUUCAGUGCACGGGGCGAUCUCGACGUGUUCGCCUUCUGCCUGGUGCCCUAUACAGCCGCCACCACGCUCACGUCGGCCCUCGUGUUCGGCUCCCGCGACGCGACCAACGCGCUAGGCCUAGUGUACACGCCUCUCCUCCAGGGCACUAGCCCGAGCUUCUACUGGGUGGGCAUGGUGGGCGUGAGCGUGGCCGGUGUGGACGCCGGCAUUCCCACUGCCUUGUUCGCCAGCACGGACGGUGUGCUCUUCGACUCGGGCACACCGUUGACUUACUUUGCACCAGAGAUCUACGACCCACUGCACCAGAGCAUCGCGGGCGCCAUUCCAUAUCCUGUCGCGCCUGACCCCGUCGAUGCUGUGGUGGCCAAACCUCUCAACAGGCUGUGUUUUGACCUGGCUGGCGUUCAGAGCCCCGUGUUGCCCACCAUGGCGUACCACUUCACUGACGCCGAUGCGGCGGGAGCCACCGUGGACUUUGAUCUGGGAUUAGAGAAUAUUUACAUGAACGACAUGAACACUGUGUGGUGCUUGGCGAUCGUCCGGGGUGAGAGUGGAAAUCCUAGUAUCGUCGGCAACAUCCAACAAGCCAACCAUUACAUUGAGCAUGACGUCGCACUUAAUCGCAUCGGGUGGACCUCCAAAGAUUGUACCGUGUAAGCCGAUAAAAAGGCAUGUUGGCGAUUGUCAUUAAUAUGCCAAUUGCACAAUCUGUUUUGAUCACCAAAUUCUGCCACUCAAAAUUAAACCUAUCAUAUCAAAAUUGAUAACUUAUGCUGGCAUGUUGAUGAGAAAAAUCAGAAGUGAAUUUAAUGUUAUCCACCAUCGCGAAGGUGCUCAAUGUGCAACCUUUCCUGAGAUUCACCAGAAACCUGUUCUGAGUUUCGGGACAAGUUUUACGAAUAGGCCAUCAGGCAUAUAUGGGGUUCAAACACUACUUAUAUCUUGCAAAGAAACAAACUCGAUCAGAUGACCAAUGAAGUUGAAAAUUUGAACUUCCCUCUGGAUUGAUUUGCUAGCUUGGCUCUUUGCAAAGAUGUGAAGUUUAGGUUUAAAAUAAAGAAUAAAAUCUGUAUUUGAAGUUAGAUGACACCAUCGAAAAGGUUUCACAGACCAGUUACCAUUCAAACCUGGAGAAGUCCUUCAAGUGGCAUGAUUGUUGAUCGUGCUUUUGAGUUGUGAUCUUCGCUUAUUUAGUAAUUUCAGAAAAGAUCCAUGCGCAAGAGUUUCAAAGACGAUCCUAGUUAAGAACAUAUUUCUGAUGAAACCCCAAUGCACAUGUAGACAUUAGGUGCUUGCUUAGUUCAAUGUUCGUUUAGAGAGACAACUUCAUGCGUGAGAAUCUUGGAAUUCAACCAUCCAUUCCACCGGGUUUAUCUUCGUAAAGGCCAUUCUCGAUUUUAAGUGCAGGAAAAGAGUUUGAGAACAGUACCAGUGAACUGAAACAUGAAGAGAGGGAAUCCAUCAAAACUUAAAGAUCCAACACUGCAGACUACACUCACACUCGGUCAUCUACACAGGCUCAAAUCUUUCAAAAAGCUAAGGGAGUAUUACAAAUUUGCGACUUGUAUAACGGAGAAUUAGAGGGACUACGAUUUUUGUGAUAAGCUUUUGCAAGUACAAACGACAUUUAGGUAAUCGGGUCUC